AUGGAUGCACACGCUCCCCCUGCAGCUGCAACAGCUCCUCUAGACCUGUCUCUCACGCUGGCCCCCGUGUCUCCUAAGGCUGUUCUUCCUUCUGACCACUGCCGCCGCCGCGGUGGUGGGAGCGGGAGAUCGAGACUCUUUUCUUGCCUCUUCCGCGAGAGGAAAUUCCUCAAGUCGCAGGCGCUAGGGGGCCACCAGAACGCCCACCGUAAGGAGAGGGUUGUCGGCACCUGGAACGCCCACCUCUAUCUCCCUGACCACCCUCGUGCCCCGGCACCGGCCACCGCAACGGCGUACCUUGAUGAUGACGAUGACGACGGCAAGCACCAAAAGCUUGAUCUUAGCCUCAAGCUUUAA